AUGAGCAGGAAAGUGCAUUAUUCGUUGAAUACUCGCAAAGAAUACCGUUCGUUCAUGGUAAAAUUUGCGGACGAAUUUACGUCUGAUGAUUUGACCAGGCUUAAAUAUGUCUCAAAAGAUUAUAUUCCAGCUGGCAAAAUGGAGCAACUUCGCACAGCAUUGGAGAUUUUCUCUCAAUUUGAACAACAAAGUCUUCUUGGACCUAAUAAUCUCGAUUUUUUUCUCGAUUUGGUCGAGGCAAUGAAUAGACUACAUUUGUUAGAGAUGCUCAAACAGUUCGUUGUGGAAACGAAGGUGAAACGCAUGCGAGCGAAGAUAAGAGAAUUUAAAUUGGUGACUGGCAAAGAAUUUGGAAAGAG